AUGGCUGGGCUGCAGGCUUCCGAAACCGUGACGGGACCCUUGUGUGAGCUUUCAUCGGAGGCAUCAUCUCCUACUCAAGACGCGACCCACAUAACGGCACUGAGCAACAAUGAUGCCGCCACCAUGCUCCCGGCUAUGGUCUCCCGGACAUACCUGGAUGUAUCGGCGGCUGCCCUUGCCGGUGGGCACCCGGGAUAUGGGGCCGAGGGAGUUUAUUCCAACGGGAGGUACAAGGACCACGGUAGCCCCCGAAUUGGCAGUCGAAGCCGCGACAGUUCUGCCGAAAGGAGUCAAGGACCAGGAAAUCCACCUUGUGGUAUUAUGAAGGAUGGGUCUAAGCAGCGCCAGGUGAGGAAGAAGACGGUUUCCUUCAGCACCAUGCCGAGCGACCGUAAGAUGAAUAGCACAGCAGCCUGCAUGGCCUUCAUGCUGGAGGGUUGCGAGAUGAAGAAGGUCCGCUCAAACUCACGCAUGUACAACCGCUACUUCCUCUUAGACCCUGACAUGCGAUGGCUCCGCUGGGAACCCUCCAAGAAGGACUCAGAGAAAGCCAAGCUGGAAAUCAAGAGCAUCAAAGAAGUUCGGCUAGGGAAGAAAACCCCAGUCCUGCGUAGCAAUGGGCUUUCUGAUCAGUUUCCGGAAGAAUGCGCCUUCUCGAUCAUCUAUGGUGACAACUAUGAAUCACUAGACCUGGUGGCAAGCACUGCGGAUGUGGUCAGCACCUGGGUAAUGGGCCUGCGGUACUUGGUCUCCUAUGGGCGGCACACUGUGGGUGUUGUGGAACCAAGCCAGCCCAGCUUGCGGACGUCUUGGAUAGGGUCGGUUUUCGAGUUGGCGGACGUAGAGCGAAAGGGACACAUCGAACUGUUCCACGCCACGCAAAUCAUCAAAGGACUCAACCCUGGCAUGAAGGAGUCUCGAAUCGAGUUGAAGUUUAAGGAACUACAGAAAGCCAAGGACCGGUACGGUGAGGCCAUUGACUUGGACACGUUUGUGGAAGCGUACUGUGAGCUGUGUACGCGACCUGAAAUCUUUUUCCUGCUGGUGCAGUUCUCAAGCAACAAAGAAUACCUGGACACCAAGGACCUGAUGCUGUUCGUGGAGGUGGAGCAGGGAGUCGAAUGUGUGACGGAGGACAUGUGUCGGGAGAUUGUGCGAAAGUACGAACCCUCGGCAGAGGGGCGCGAAAGGGGCUACCUCUCCAUCGACGGCUUCACGCACUACCUCCUGUCGGCUGAGUGCCACAUCUUUGACCCGCAGCACAAACGCGUGUGCCAGGACAUGACUCAGCCACUGUCCCACUAUUACAUCAACUCCUCGCACAAUGCCUCCCUGCUGGAGGACCACUUCUGGGGCUCGUCGGACAUCAGCAGCUACGUACGCGCCCUCCGCAUGGGAUGCCGAAGCCUGGAGGUGGUGGUUUGGGACGGCCCUGAUUGUGAACCCGUGGUUUACAUCGGCAGCUCCGUUGCAUCCCAGCUGGCUUUCAGCAAAGUGCUGGACGUCAUUAACCAGUACGCCUUCGAGAGCUCAGAGUACCCUUUGAUCCUAUGUCUGGUGACACAUUGCAGCAUUCCCCAGCAAAGGGUCAUGGCCCAGCACAUGAAAAAGAUCCUAGGGGACAAGCUCCACACGGAGCCUCCCAACGCAGACGAGCAUUACCUGCCUUCCCCAGAAAAGCUGAAGGGCAAGAUCCUCAUCAAAGGUAAGCGAUUGCCGCCAGAAUGCCAAGACUCUGAAGGUGAGGUGACAGACGAGGAGGAGGGACUCGAGAUGUCGAGAAGAGCGGUCGGCGCAGAUGACAAGGAGCAGCUCAACGGGAUCGGUUCCAAGCGUCUGCGACUCUGCAAGGAACUCUCUGACCUUGUCACUCUUUGCAAGUCUGUUCAAUUUCGGGACUUUGAGUUAUCCAAGCGGGAGCAGAAGCAUUGGGAAAUAUGUUCCUUUAACGAGGUGGAUGCCAAUCGCUUUGCCAACGAGUUUCCCGAAGACUUUGUUUGCUAUAACAAGCGCUUCCUGUCACGGGUAUACCCUACGCCCAUGCGCAUUGAUGCCAGCAACAUGAACCCGCAGGACUUCUGGAAGUGUGGCUGUCAGAUUGUUGCCAUGAAUUAUCAGACGCCAGGGUUGAUGAUGGACCUCAAUCUGGGUUGGUUCAGACAGAACGGCAACUGUGGGUACGUACUCCGUCCGGCCAUCAUGCGUGAGGAAGUGUCGUACUUCAGCGCUAACGCUCGUGACUCGCUGCCUGGGGUAUCUGCUCAGUUACUGCACAUCAAAGUGAUUAGCGGGCAGAACCUCCCAAAGCCUCGAGGCUCUGCCGCUAAAGGUGACGUGGUAGAACCGUAUAUAUACGUAGAGAUCCACGGGAUCCCUGCAGACUGUGCUGAGCAGCGCACGAAAACAGUCUCGCAGAACGGAGAUAACCCCAUCUUCGACGAGACGUUCGAGUUCCAGAUCAACCUUCCCGAGCUGGCAGCUUUGCGUUUUGUGGUACUGGACGAUGAUUACAUUGGGGACGAGUUUAUCGGCCAGUAUACUAUACCUUUCGAGUGCCUGCAGCCUGGAUACCGGCACGUGCCACUGCAGUCACUGACGGGGGAGUUCCUUCCGAAUACCACGCUGUUUGUUCACGUGGCAAUUACAAACAGACGUGGAGGGGGCAAAGCACAUAAGAGGGGUCUUUCAGUGCGAAAGGGGCGCAAAGCAAGGGAGUACACCUCCACUAAGACCACUGGGAUCAAAGUGGUCGAUGAACUCUUCAGGGCAUCCACACAACCACUGCGAGAAGCCACAGACCUACGGGAAAAUGUACAGAAUGCCAUGGUGUCGUUCAAGGAGCUGUGUGGCCUGACUCCCGCGGCAAAUAUGAAACAGUGUAUCCUGACCGUGUCGUCGUGGUUAAUGAACAGCGAACGAGCCCUGAAGGUGACGGUGGAUUUGAGCGAAUCGUAUCCCACCAUGGAGGCGCAAGGGCCUAUCCCAGAGCUCCUACGGAAAGUCCUCACCGCCUAUGACACGAUGAUACAGACAAGUCGCACACUGAUUGAGUCAGCAGACGUUGUGUAUGCCAAACUCACCCAAGCACAACGGGCAGGAUUGGAUUUCCAUGAGGACUUGCACCGGAUCGGCGCCAAGGAGGGGCUGAAGGGUCGGAAACUUCAGAAAGCCAUGGAGAGCUACGCCUGGAACAUAACAGUACUGAAGGGCCAAGCUGACUUGCUAAAGCACGCUAAAGGAGAGGCUGUUGACACACUGAGGCAGAUCCAUUGUGCCGCCCAGUCCUGCGGCCUGGCCAAAAACGGAGCGGCCACCUCGCCCGCCUCGCCGCUGCUGCCCCCUCACCCGCGCCUACACGGACCCCUGCAAACCAUACCCGAGACUGAGCCCAACGACACCGACAGCAGCACCGCCCACUGA